GAGGCAUUGGGGGAAUCAUGACUGGGAGACUGGGAGGGGGAGCUGAUCCUCUAUAAUAAGGGUGCCAUGCUCAGUGACCCCCCAGGUGCCUGUUAUCCUUGUGUAUUUGACCAAUCACAGGACAGCUCAGCUGUCUGAUACAAGUCAGUCUCAUUGUAUCAGAUGGAGCAGGGGGGGAGUCUGACAGUUGGGCAGUGAGGAAUUAACACACGUGUGGUGGGGAGACUUGGUUCCACUGUCACAAGGGAAGGAAGAUCAGGAGCAACACUGGGGGGGGAUACAGGUGAGGGGCUCAGCAGGUGCCACUAAUUCCUAUAGCCUUGGCCCCCUCUCCCAGCAGGUGAGCUCUUCAGUAUAAUGAUGAUUCACCAGAAGACCGUGGGCAUUGGCUGAUGUGACACCUGAACCCCCCCAUGUGGGACCAUUAUUCCUGCGUCAUGGAAUCCUGUGAGGAACGUGCGUGUGGAUAUUCCGUGGCUUCAUGUGACUUACAGCUGGGGGGCCAGUGACAUGUGGGGGAGAUAAAGGAUGCCGGUCCGCAGGGGUCACGUGGCACCUCAGAACACAUUCCUGGACACCAUCAUACGCAAAUUUGAGGGACAAAGCCGCAAAUUCAUCAUCGCCAACGCCCGCGUUCAGAACUGCGCAGUCAUUUACUGCAAUGAUGCAUUCUGUACCAUGUGCGGUUACACGCGGGCAGAGGUCAUGCAGAGGCCGUGCACAUGUGAAUUCCUGUAUGGGCCCCGCACCACCCCCAGCUCCGUCUCUCAAAUUGCACAGGCCCUUAUGGGGUCCGAGGAGCGUAAGGUGGAGAUUGCCUUUUACCGUAAGGAUGGCAGUUGUUUCCUCUGUCUGGUGGAUGUGGUCCCCGUGAAGAACGAGGACGGAUCUGUCAUCAUGUUCAUUCUGAACUUUGAAGUGGUGAUGGAGAAGGAUGUGUUGGGCUCUCCCAACAAGGACACCAAUCAUAAAGUGCAGUCCCAUUGGUUCCCAUCAGGUCGAGGCAAGUCAUUUAAGUUAAAGCUCCCAGCAUUACUGGCCCUGACGGGGAGCAAACAGUCUCUCCCUCAAGAGGAUCCCGAUGUGGUGGUGGUGGAUUUAUCAAAGCACAGCAGUGAAACGGUGGCAUUGGAGGAAGUGACACAUAUGAACAAUUGCAUUGGCUCUCGGCCUGAGGACCAGCAGGUGCUGAUCAGCAGCAAGGAACCCAAGGCACCUCCUGAAGAGGAGGGGGACAAAGAGCCAGCAGUGCAGUCAUCUCCCCAUACAGACAAGGACCACCUCAACCUGGACAUGUCCUUUUCCAACUGCAGUCUGACACGCAGCCGAUCUAGGGAGAGUUUCUACAGCAUCCGACGGGCCUCCUCAGUAGAUGAUAUUGAAGCUAUGAAAGUGGACUUGGACAAGUUCAGGAACCGCAACUCUAGCACUGGGGCCAUGAACAAUAUCCGCAACAAUCUUCUCAACUCCACGUCAGACUCAGACCUAAUGAGGUACAGAACCAUCAGUAAAAUCCCUCAGAUAACCCUCAACUUUGUGGACUUUAAAGGAGAUUCAUUCCUGACUUCGCCAUCCAAUGAAAAGGAAAUAAUUGCACCCACCAAGCUGAAGGACCGAACCCACAACGUCACAGAGAAGGUCACUCGGGUCCUGUCCCUGGGAGCGGAUGUGCUGCCGGAAUACAAGCUGCAGGCCCCUCGGAUACAUAAAUGGACAAUACUCCACUACAGCCCAUUUAAAGCCGUGUGGGACUGGCUGAUCCUGCUGUUGGUUAUCUACACCGCCAUCUUUACCCCGUACUCUGCUGCUUUCCUAUUGGGCGAGCAGGAGGAGGUGGACAAUGAGCAGUGUGGCUACUCGUGCAACCCGCUGAGUGUGGUGGACCUUAUAGUGGACAUUAUGUUUAUUAUAGACAUUCUCAUCAACUUCCGAACAACCUACGUCAACAUCAAUGAAGAAGUAGUGAGCCACCCUGGAAAGAUUGCCAUCCAUUACUUCAAAGGCUGGUUCCUUAUAGACAUGGUGGCCGCCAUUCCCUUUGAUCUGCUCAUAUUUGGUUCAGGCUCAGAGGAGAUGAAGAGAUCUGACGAAGGAGCAAACAAAGAGACCACUACUCUGAUUGGUCUCUUGAAAACGGCCCGCCUCCUGCGCUUGGUACGAGUGGCCCGCAAGCUGGACCGUUACUCUGAGUAUGGUGCAGCCGUUCUCUUUCUUCUCAUGUGCACGUUUGCUCUCAUCGCUCACUGGUUGGCUUGCAUCUGGUACGCCAUUGGCAACAUGGAGCACUAUGACCUGGAGUAUCGUCCUAUUGGUUGGCUGUACUCCUUGGGAAUCCAGGUCAUGAAGCCCUACAACAGCACCAAUGCAAAAUCUGGCCCUUCCAUCAAUGACAAGUAUGUGACUGCUCUCUACUUCACCUUCAGCAGCCUGACCAGUGUGGGGUUUGGAAAUGUGUCCCCCAACACCAACUCUGAGAAGAUCUUCUCCAUAUGUGUCAUGCUCAUUGGAUCACUCAUGUAUGCCAGUAUUUUCGGGAAUGUGUCUGCAAUCAUCCAGCGUUUGUACUCUGGAACAGCACGAUACCACACUCAGAUGUUGCGUGUUCGAGAAUUCAUCCGUUUCCAUCAGAUUCCGAACCCUCUCCGCCAGCGCCUGGAGGAAUAUUUCCAGCACGCCUGGUCAUAUACCAAUGGCAUCGAUAUGAAUGCAGUGUUGAAGGGGUUCCCUGAGUGCCUCCAGGCUGAUAUCUGUCUGCAUCUCAACCGUAGCCUUCUGCAGAACUGCAAGCCGUUCAAGGGAGCCACCAAAGGUUGUCUUCGGGCUCUGGCCAUGAAAUUCAAGACCACCCAUGCUCCUCCUGGUGAUACACUGGUGCAUGCUGGGGAUGUGCUCACUGCUCUCUACUUUCUGUCCCGUGGAUCAAUAGAAAUCUUGCGUGGGGAUGUAGUGGUGGCCAUACUAGGUAAAAAUGAUAUUUUUGGAGAACCUAUAAAUCUCUAUGCCCGGCCUGGAAAAUCUAAUGCAGAUGUUCGAGCCUUGACCUACUGUGACCUCCACAAGAUUCAUCGAGAAGACUUGCUGGAAGUGCUAGACAUGUAUCCUGAAUUCUCUGACUACUUCUGGUCCAUCCUGGAGAUCACAUUUAAUCUGCGAGAUACCAACAUGAUUCCCGGAUCGCCAAGCAGUGAUGAUUCCGACAGUGGGUUCAACCGACUGAGGCGGCGCAAGCUUUCCUUCCGCAGGAGAACAAAUAAAGAUGCUGAAAAUGUCGGGAAGGUGAAGAGGGGCCAGAGGAUGGGAAACACCCCAACAUGUGAGAGCAAGGACUUGGACAAGCAACUCAGCACUGGCCCAUCCAGUUGCUCUUCCAGUGAUGAUGAGAAACCUCCUCCUUCCUCUAACACAGUUGAAUUGUCACCAACACGAGGGAAAUUGACCAACAGUAACUUCUCUGCCCCCUGUGGGUCGGAGGCUGAAGGGGAAAACGGCACAGCAGACGUGUGUAACCACUUGUCAGGAGCUUUUUCUGGGGUAUCAAAUAUGUUUAGCUUUUGGGGUGACAGAGCAGGAGGUGAGUACCAGGAGGUGCCAAGAUGCACCAUCCCAGCCCAUACAGCUGUGAGUGGCACUGCACCUUCCAUGAGCCGAUGGCACAAAUGUGAUCUUGGGAACAGGCUGGAUCUUCUGCAGAAACAACUCAACAGGUUAGAGAGUCGGAUGGUGACAGACAUUAAUAGUAUCAUGCAGCUGCUACAGAAACAAGCGGCCCUGGUGCCUCCGUCAUACAGCACUGUAUCGUCUCCCCCACAGAUGACAGGUCACCCCUCAGGGGGGGAACACAUUGUACAGCCCAACCUUGUGCAACUGUCUCACACACUGGCAUCAUUUUCUCAGGUUUAUGAAUACCAGGAAGUGGAGGGUCAGCGGUUGAGUGAAGUGCCCCUGGUACCCCAACCUGUGACUACUGAUCCCAGGGACAGGCCCCGGCGCCUCUCUCUUCCCAGGCAGCUGGACGACCCCUUGGACUUGAGGACCCCACAAAGGCAUUCAUCUGACCCGGGCAGUUAGGGAUGGAGGGGCCUUUGUCAGACUCAUGUUAAACGCCACAUUCUGGUGAAAGGUCACACAGAGAUCUUGCCGGAAUGUUCUGUAGCAGAUUCCCAACAUGGAGACAACCUGCGGGGAUCAUAGAAUUCCCUCAUUCAGAUGGAGGGGCAAAUAAAGGCAUUUGUCUAAUUGUUCCAGCCAAGGAAAGACUCUGCUGUAUGGGGCAUGCAUGGCUCUUAGCUGCACCCCUAAAUAAUAGUGAACCCACUUGCUGCUUCUCAUGUUGCUGUAUCAGAUGCGCUGCUGUGUGGGAAUCAGAACCACGUGACUGUAGCACACGCUCCAGAGGGAACAAACAGGUCAACUGUAGAACCUGAGAUGGGCUGAGAAUGAGGAGCUUGUCCUGGGAAGAGCAGAACAAGGAAGAGAAGUCCAUGUACUAUAAAUAUGUGACUAUACCGACCCCCAUAUAUCACUGCCCCCAUUAUUACUCUCUCUCUCUAGCAAACUGCGUGUCAUGGGGAGGAAUGAACAUUGUGUGCAGAGCUCUUGGGAAGCCGCAUGGCAGAAUCCCACCAUCAUUUGGUUUGUAAGGAAUAUUACAAUAACGAUUCUUCCAUCUCUUUUAUGCUUCAAUACAUGUCCAAGAACUCUUCAACCAACCCUCCAAUAUAAACUCCACUCUAUGGCCCUCAAUGUUCUUCAUUGUCUCUUCCUGUCUCUUUGUCACUCCUCCCCACUUCUAGUGCCACAUUCCCACGCACAUUAUAACACACAUACUCACACACAUUCACACACAUUCACACACAUUCCCACACAUUCCCACACACAUUCCCACACACACAUUCACACACACACAUUCCCAUACACACUCCAAUAGUCACAAAUCUAGUGUCUGUGCAUCACUGUGUCUUCCCUGCUGAAAGGUCCAUUAAUGAUAAUGGUGUAAAGAACUGUCACAUGAUCACAGCAGUGUGCCCCCUCUUAUUGUGCCCCCAAUGUCUGUAUGUAUCGGCACUG